UAGCUGCGAUGUCCCGAGGGAAAAAUGGGUUUAAAAACCGUUUAUCAGAUUAAUUUGUUUAAUCAAACAAAAUGACUAGAAAUAAGGGUGUCUUAUGAUUAUCAACAGGACACAAUACGUAAAGGUUAUAAAUGUUUUGUGCAUAAACAAGGCGAAAACAAAAACCGGAAAUGCGUUUUCUUCGUAAAAAUUUCUGGACUACUUUUACACCCAAAAGAAUAAAUAAAAGUCAUUUAUCAAAUAAUAUGGGAAUUUUCAUACAUCAAAUUCACAAUGAAGACACUUGGUGAUUGUCUUAAAACACAUUUAGUAAGAUAUUUAAAGAAAAACUAACAUAAAACGUUAAAUCGGCGAAUAUGAAUAUCGGACAUCGCGGGACAUAUGUCCCGGACUACAUUUACACCCACCCCGACGACCGGAAGUAAUAUUUGUGAGGUGGUCUCUAUAAAAUAUUUUUAGUGCCAACUCAUAUUUAUUUGUAUAUAAUAGGAAGUUGUUGUUAUUUGACAUUUGAACAUCGUAGUGUCUAGUAAUACCGCGUGAUUCCUAUAGACUAGGUGUUCCUGGUGUGUAAAAAAAGAACCGUCGCGUCCUUCAUUAGGUUGUCUUCGAAAGAAUGGCUUCACAACAGGGUAUAGGAGGCUACCCAGUGGAAAUAUUCAAGAGUGAAAAAUUUGACAGAAAAUUUUUAUGCAACCACUGCAGUUUAAUAUUAAGAGACCCAGUACAGAGCUAUUGUGGUCACAGAUUCUGUCGCUCAUGUAUGGAGAGUGUUAUUAGGUCCAAUGAGCAGGUUAGAUGUCAGUCAUGUAUUGAGGAAGGGACUUUGGAUGAAGAGUACAGCAUACUGAAGAUGGAUCAGAUGUUUCCUGACAAUGCUGUAAGGAGGGAAAUGGGUGCUAUGCAUACUAAGUGCAUUAAUCCAAAAUGUACUUGGGAAGGAACCUUCAAGCAAUAUGAGGGUCACAUGGCAGAAUGUAAGUUUAAACCAGUUCCCUGUCAACAAUGUGGGAAUUUGAUUGAGCCCCAGGCUCUGCAGGAUCACAUGACCAAGGAUUGUCCAAAAAGGAGGAUGACUUGUAAACAUUGUCAGUCAGAUAUCACUGUCGAGGAAAUGGAGAAACAUAAUGCAGAAUGUCCCAAGUACCCAAUUAAAUGUGACUCUUGUGGCAAAAAGAAGAUACAGAGAGACAAGAUGAAGCACCACUUAGAGAGGGAGUGCUCCAACCAGAAAGUUCCUUGUCUACAAGAAUGUGGUGAGAUCAGCAGAGAUAAGUUUGUUGAUCAUCUGGACAGGAGACCUGGUAUACACAUCCAAGCCCUAGUAGACCAACUGAAUAGUUUACAAACUGAGGUCAACUCAAGACUCCAAUCUGUCAUUGUCCAGAGUGACCUUGGUCAGUUUGUUUCACACAUCACUGAACUCAAACAGAAGGUUCAACAACAGGAACAACUGAUUCAAACCAUACAGGCUUCAGGUCAAGGUCAGUCAGGGGCGAGUGGUUCAAUGGUGGAAUCUGAGACAAAUGUAAUGAGGCAAAAAGUUCAGACGCUGGAGUUAAAGACAGGUACAUUCGAAGGCAUUGUCACCACUCUACACAGAGAAAUUGAGCGUUGUAUUACUGCAAUAGAGAACGUAGAGAGAAACAGACAAGCAGACAAACAAAUGAUAGAAAACCAGGAGAAGAAAAUCAGGGCUCUGGAACGGAACAUCUCUCUCAAGGAUGUCGCUCUGGCAGAACAGGAACUGAGAAUAAAAACGUUGGAGCUGACGACGUAUGAUGGGACACUUAUCUGGAAGAUUUCGGAGUGGAGCAAACGUCGAUCGGAGGCCCAGAGUAACCAGGUCACAAGCUUGUACUCCCCAAUCUUCUACUCCAGUAAAAACGGAUACAAGAUGUGUGCCAGGCUGUAUCCCAAUGGAGAUGGAAUGGGCAAAAAUACCCACAUGUCCAUCUUCUUUGUUGUCAUGAGAGGUAACUUUGACGCCCUUCUCCAGUGGCCGUUCUCAUUCCGUGUGACAUUUAUGCUUUUGGAUCAGAAUAACAAGGAACACCAGGUGGAUUCCUUUCGACCUGAUCCUAACAGCAGCUCCUUCAAACGCCCCACCACGGAGAUGAACAUCGCCAGCGGAUGCCCCCUGUUUAUCCCUCUCAGCAAACUAGAUGACCCGAGUCUGGCUUAUGUCAAAGAGGACACUAUGUUUAUCAAACUGAUUGUAGAUGUACAUGCAACAGAAGCACGCAGAUAAUAUCUUUCAUGUUACAUUUGCAUUUCUGUAAUGACAUGAUAUGGAAGCUCCAUCCCAGAGCUUUGAGGUCAAAGGUCAGUCAGACCGGCCCCAACCGACACCACGCUACCCACCAUAAAUAAUGCCACAUUUACAAACCUUCAUUAAUACCAGUUUCUAUUGACAAGAUUAUACAACUCAUUUCCGUUUUGUUUCAUAGUGUCUACCAUGCAUGGUUAAAAUACUGUAGAUUCCUUAUUUUACACGUAGACGUCAAAUUGCGAGAACAUGAAUUCGCAAAUGGUCUCUUGAUCAAGAGGUUUUACAUAUAAUUUACAUAUAUAUAAACAAAAGUGAGUAAUUCUAUUUUGCAAGUGAUACAUCUCGUGUAGUUACGUGGAAAUAAAUUUUUUGCGUAUAUUUAGGAAUCCACAGAACUUGCUAUGUAAAGGAUGCAUGUACGGUCAUGCUGUAUAAAGUCUGGUUUUUAUUGUUGUUUUUAUCGUAGACCAAAAUCGUGAAACUAAACCUCCAGUUGAUAUAACCUGACCAUUACAUUUAUUUAGCAUUAACAUAAAGAUCUUGAAAUGUAAAAAUGUAUGUGGGAAAAAAUUUGGGAAGAACCGGGAACAAAACAUGGAGGUAGACUGUAUUUAUUUAGAAAGAGAUUGAAGAAAAAAACCACAACCACGAGGGUACAUCUUGUAUCAGGAAAAAAAACUGAAUGUUUGUUAAUUCUUGUUUUUAUUUAUGGUGGGUAAUCCCCGUUUAGUGUUAUGUAAGGCACUGGGUAAACUGAGAGACUCCAAGAGAAAGCCCUAAUAUGGAUAUAUUUUGUGUCCUUAUUGAUACACUAUUUAUUAAUGAAGUAAUAUUAGUCAAGGUAGCAACCACUUCAAAACAAACUAUUCCAGAAAGAAUUUUUGAGGCUUUUUCUUAACAGUCAUUUCAGUUGCCUAGGUAACCUGAUGUGAUCUAUACCAGUCAGUCAUUAUGAAUAUUUUUAGCUUCCUCUCAAAUAAAGCAAUUUUUCACCAAAAUUAGUGUGUAACAUAUUUUGAUAUUGGGUAAAAAAUCCUCUAAAUGUAAGAUUUUCCUGUUAUUUCUGAACAUAGCAUGUACAAACUAGGUACAACGUUUUAACGAGGAUGACAGCUUCUACAAAAGCUGUCUGGCCUCUAUGUCAGGCGGAGGUUCUGCACCAGGGAUAAAUUUCGCAUACAGAAAUAAAUAUAAAUGAAAUGAAACAUAAAUAAUCUUUGAAAUCUUCCUCUUUACUCCAGAACAAAAUGUGAAUAUCAAAGUUUUAAGAAGCAAAGAGGCCUCAACCUCAGCUGUGAGUUUAAUGACCCCCUGGGUUAGGGAUUCAGACCCCAGGGUUAGAUUAAUGCUUUUGAAAUAUGAAUGAAAAUAUAAAUAUCAGCAAUAUUCUUUUUAAAUCUAAUUGUCUAGCUGGGUAUCUCUGACAGUAGGUUAAUGUGUCAAUCUGUAGAUCAGGAGUUUGAGUUUAGCAGGGGGGGUUCCCUCCAGAUUAAUUUCUACUAAAACUGCAUUUUUUAGCUGAAUAAGGUAAAAUUUAAAGUUUUCAAUUCAAAGUAUUAUUGUAUAUAUACUUCACUUUUUUAUUUCAUAUUUCUCUGUUAUUCUUCAAGAAUUUUUUUUAUAUUCCACUAUAUCCAGUUUAUUACCUAAAUUGUGAAAUUUAUAACCCUUAAAGUAGGGGUCUAGUAGCGUGACGUCAUGUCCGAAUCGAACUCCGGUAUUGGUUCACGUACUAUUAUUAUCAAACGUAUUUUUACAUUUACCUGGAUGUUUUUUUUUUUUUAAUUUAGUAAAAUGAAUACAAUAACACUCAAUCAUUUAUAUUUGAGUAGACUAUGGCUCCAAUCUUCUUUCCAUUUUUUGUCAUCUAAUUCACACAUAAAACCAGAGUUACAUAUUUGUUUAAUUGAUAUACAGGGGUAUUAUUACAAGUUAAAAUUAUCUGUAAAUUAAAAAAAAAUCAUGAUAUGCACUAAUGCACUUGUGGAAUUAAAUAAAACAAUUCUGCACUUAUAUUUGUUAUGUUGGUAUACAUUUGUCAUCUUCAAAAUGGCUUUUUGGCCAAAAAUUGUAAAUAUUAAUUGACUUGCUGUGAAAAUAUUAUGCUGAGAAAGGGCAGAUUUUUUAAAUGUAUGUUAACAAGCAUUCAUAUAUGAACAUAAUAUGUGAGUUUGAAUGAAAAAUCACAAGUCAAAUUUUUAAAAUAUUCAUAUAAGUGGUGUUGCAGUGCCGUAUUUUUGACUGCCGAGGGCCUGUAUUGAGUUCAGUUUUGUACCACCAUUAUUAAAAAACAUGAAACUGUGUUAAAAUUUCACUUUUAAUUAUUUAGUUAGACAUAUUUAUGUCAUAUUUGAGGGAAAAAAUUGCAGCAUCAUACCUCAAACAACAUUUUAUGGACAUAUUCUAGGACUUCUUCAAUGAAUUCUGAUAUUGCCGUUUGACAAAUGGGGGUACACGUAAUAAAAAUACCAUAAUUUACUCAUUAUACUGACAACCCCCCAUUUUUUUGUUUUUAUGAUACCCACAAAUGAACAAUCUAAGUAUUUAAACUCGAAUUUUUGAGAAAUCACAUGUAGGUCCAGGACUAGGAAACUAGAAACAGUUUUAGGAUGAUUGUCAUUACUGAAGGGUUGAGGUCACAUGGGGAGAAAAUCUGUAAAUGAUAUGGAGAAUAUGUGACAUUUCAUCAGGACACCAUGUUUAUAAAAUUUGAAAUGGUCCCUCCAAAAGUAGGGGUAAAAAGAAGAGUCAAAGGGCCACACAAUAUAUUUCCAACAUAUGGAUUUUGUCUAAUGUGGAAAUAUUAAAAAAAAAAGUGACAAAAUUUGGGGCAUUUGAUGACAUCACAUACAAAGAUUGUCGUAUGACAUCACUUUGGAAAAGGGUCUUUUAAAAGAAUAGAGAAUGAAACUUGAUACCCCCAAGGCUGGGAUGGGGUGGAAUCACUGAAUAUGUGUUUUGAAUUUAGGAUAAAAAUUUGGGAGAUGUGAUUUAUAAUACUUGGGAUCACGAACUAGUUGUUGCUCCUUGUAGUUUUUAAUCUUCAGUUUCUUGUGUGGUACUGUUAGAAGUCCAGUGUUAUUGGACCUGUGGUAUGUUUAUUUUAUUUUAUGUACAUUACAGAAGACUUCCACUGAGUGCUAUGAUUGUACCGCUAAACAUUUGUAUACUGAUCCUGUCACAAUGUGACGUCCAAACUUUUGACUCAGUAGGUCACUGAAAUAAUACAGCUUUUAAAAAUUCUUCUGAUGAAGGAUCUGCUGAAAUCAUACUGCUUUUAAAAGUGACUGAUUCUACUGAAAUCAUUACUGAUGAUGAGACAAGCUUCUGUAAUUUAGAUUAUGAUUUUAAUACUCAGCAAUUAUAUUAUGCCAAUCACAAAUAUCCUUGUAAUGCAGUCACAUUUGUCAGAAAAUGCUUUUCCACUAGUACAAGUAUUAUUCGUGCAUCAUUACUUUCCAUCAGUUGUUCUAGUGUUAUAUUGUGUAUAUAAGCAGUUAACUCUCUUAUCCCGUUACUUAUUUGUAACAAGCGUAUGUAUAUACAUUGGAAUAAAAUAUUGUUCAAAUAA